AUCAACUUGCAGUCUGAUUAUAGUGAUUGACAAGAACGGUCGCAACAUUCUUAAAUUAAAACGAAGCAACAACACCAAAAUGCUAAUUAACGAUUUUUAUGCAAAUCGCGAAAUAUUCAUAACAGGUGGCACAGGUUUUCUGGGCAAGGCCUUAGUUGAAAAGCUAUUACGUGAUUGUCCAAAAAUCAAGGUAAUCUAUAUUGUACUGAGAGGAAAACGUUCAGUUGGUGUUGAGCAACGUUUGGAGGAAUUUAAAAAGAAUAAAGUAUUUGAUCGCAUACAUCGGGAGUGUCCGGAGGUUUUGAAUAAAUUACAUGCUAUACAAGGAGACAGUCAAGACUUGGGUUUGGCUAUAGCAGCAAAAGAUUUGGAAUUGUUGAAAAAUGUCAGCAUUAUAUUUCAUAUGGCGGCCAAUGUUAAAUUUGAUGAUCCUUUGCGUAGUUCUAUAUUGCUCAAUACUCGAGGCACUUGGGAACUGGUAAAAAUUGCGGAAAAACUUAAGAAUCUAGUGGCUUUCGUACACUGUUCGACUGCCUAUUGUAAUCCUCUAGAGAAAGUUGUGGAGGAAAAAGUUUAUAAAAUCCCAGUGGAUUGGCGUAAGGCCAUCAAAAUAGCUGAAACCUAUGAUGAAAAUACCAUCAAUGCUUUAUGUGCAAAAUAUACUGGUCAUUAUCCCAAUUCAUAUACAUUUACCAAAAAUCUUAGCGAACAAAUUAUUCAGGAAUACUCUAGUAAAUUACCCAUGUCCAUAUUUCGUCCCUCAAUUGUAUUAAAUGCUUUUAUGGAACCAGUACCUGGUUGGAUUGAUAACAUGAAUGGACCUUUGGCUGCCAUGGUGGGUCUAAGUGUUGGCAUUCUACCCAUGUUAUACUGUAAUGCAAAUAUGAAAAUGGAUUGUAUACCCGUAGAUUUGGUUACAAAACUAACAGUUGUGGCCGGCUAUAAAUUAGGUUUGCAGACCCUCAGAAAAGAACACAAAGACUUGGACGUUAUUAACUGUGCUGCUGGUGAUCUCUUUAGUAUAAAUAUGCAUCGUUGUGUUUUAUUGUAUAAUAAGUCUAUUGAAGAUAAUCCCAUGGAGAAUUGUAUUUGGUAUUUUGGUUCUCCUUGGCUAACCUCCUGUUACUAUAACUUUGCCUUACAUUUAUUUCUAAUGAAUCUACCGCUGGCAUUGCUUAUCGAUACUGCUUUGCGUUUAGUGGGCCGUCAACCGUUAAUGAUAAGGAUUUCACGACGUAUUAUGUAUACGAUGAAAGCAAUUGCCUUCUUUUCCACGACGGAAUUCAAAAUAAUGAAUAAAAAUAUGAUUGAAUUGGAGAAAUCUAUACCGGAAAGUGAACUUAACACUUACGAGAUUAUAAAGAAUACUGUGGAUGUAGAUAUCGCGGAAUAUUUCGAUAAUGUUGUACGCGGAGUUAAAUAUAAUUUCUUUGAUCAACCUAUAGUAGCAACUGAAGCUGCACGUAAACGUUUCAAAAUCUUUAAUAUUGUUAGCAAAAGUAUAAAAUUGAUAGUAUUUGCAUUAUCUUUAAAUUAUUUGUGGUUAAUUGCUUCAAAAUUAUAAUUUUAAAUUAAUUUAUUAGAAUAAAUGUGGCUAAAGGAAACUGUUAUG